UAAAUAGACAAGGCCUAAGUCAUUUCACUAGUCACUAGACUGACUAGAGUCUAUUCAUUUAUUAGAUCUAGACCUAGAUUAUAGUUGGAAAAUGUUGGAGGAUUUACUAAAUGGUCAGGAAAAAAGUGCAUGCAUUCUUAUUAAAGAUAACACUGAAUGUCCAGGUCGACAUUUGUUGAUGAAUUGGCUCAUCAGUUUAUUCAAAAGAUGUGAAAAAGUUAUUCUUGUUUGUUUUGAGAGACCUGCUGAUUUCUUCAUAAACUGGCUUCCUCUAGCGUUACAAAAAAGAAUAGUUGCCAUUGAUGGAAACUCCACAAUUCAGUAUGGAAACAAAGCAGAUAUUUUGUAUGAAACUGUCAACAAUGCUUUAGCAACAAUAGACAACCAAGCUGUUGUUUUUGAUGCCCUGACACUUCAUAUAAUGUUGCGCUCUGCUCCGGCCACAUGCACAGUCCUACACAAGUUAGCAAAAAGCGAACGAGUGUCACAAGUUCUUGCUUUAAUCCAUAGUGAUUUACAUGAUCAGGUAACCUGCGAUCUUCUUGGAUCUAUUGCCUCAAGUGUUGUUGAUCUUCAGAUUGGAAUGAAAUCUAUGUAUACAUGUAAAGUACAACAUUGCAGAGUGACAGGCAAAGUGUUUAAAACAACAGAAAAAUUCAGCAUAGAUGAUCAGUUUUUGAUAAACAGCAUUGGGCCAUUUGUUGAAAGUACCACACCAGUCCAGAGUACAUCACAGAGUGAUCCCAUGGCUGAUCUCCCUUUUAAUUUAUCUCUGACUGAGACAGAGAAGGAGGCCAGAAGUCAGGUCAAGCUGCCUUAUGUUAAAGAUGGUUCUGGAGAUGAGAAUGUCACCUCAGUAGGACGAAUUAUUUAUCAACCUGAUGAUGCUGAUGACUUUGAUGAUGAAGACCCAGAUGAUGAUCUGAAUAUUUAAUUUGAAUAAACUUGCUAUUUUACCA